AAACUAAUGCUUAGAGCACAAAGCAUGACAAAGAUGGCAACUGAUGAACUUCGGAUUGAUUCCUCUGAUUACCGGGCAGAACUUCUUUCCCCUGGAAUAGCUGCGGAGAAUGUGUCCAUGGCUAGGCAACCUUCAUGGAGAAUCAACAUGGAUGAACAUCGCUUGCCAGACAGGCACAUGGAGUCUCAUUUUGGCUUUGGAUUCUUCCUAAGAACACUAAGGAGGCAGAGGAAACUUGGGAAGUAUUAUAAGAGGCAGGAAAGGCUUCUCAAAGGGUAUCAAGAAGUGGACUCAUAUACUGAUUUGGGCAUGUUACCUGGGAAUUUAUCAGAGGAUGAAGUGAAGCAACUGGAGAGGAGUGAGAAGGUGGCAAUUUAUGCAUCAAACAUAGGGAACAUGGUGCUGUUUGCAGCAAAAGUGUAUGCUUCCCUUCAGAGUAGAUCACUGGCUGUGAUUGCAUCAACUAUGGACUCACUAUUGGAUCUCUUGUCAGGAUUUAUACUUUGGUUCACUUCUCAUGCCAUGAGCAAACCAAACCAUCACAAGUACCCCAUUGGCAAGAAUAGGAUGCAGCCUGUGGGCAUAGUUGUCUUCGCAUCAGUCAUGGCCACACUGGGAUUACAAAUACUAUUUGAAUCAAUAAGGGAGAUCAUCACAAAGGCUCAACCUGAUAGAGAUCCUGUGAAAGAAAAGUGGAUGAUAGGAAUUAUGGUGACAGCCACUUUGGUAAAGGUUGUUCUGAUGAGUUAUUGUCGCAGGUUCAAGAAUGAAAUAGUGAGGGCCUAUGCUCAGGACCACUUCUUUGAUGUAAUCACAAACUCAAUUGGUCUUGCCACUGCAGUUCUAGCCAUCAAAUUCUACUGGUGGCUUGAUCCUCUUGGAGCCAUCGUGAUAGCUUUAUAUACCAUCAGCAAUUGGGCAAAAACGGUGAUGGAGAAUGUGUGGUCAUUGAUUGGAAAAACAGCACCACCAGAGUACCUUGCAAAGUUAACAUAUCUUUGUUGGAACCAUGACAAGGAGAUCAAGCACAUUGACACACUGCGAGCCUACACAUUUGGGUCCUAUUACUUUGUGGAGGUAGACAUUGUGGUUUCACAAGAAAUGUCACUUGGUCAAGCACAUGACAUUGGAGAGACACUUCAAGACAAGCUUGAAAAACUCCCUGAAAUUGAGAGAGCUUUUGUUCAUGUUGAUUUGAACACCACUCAUAAGCUUGAACACAAGCAGCUGAAGGUGGCUUAGAAAUUAAACCAAGCAAAUUAUGGCAAUGUUUUGAGAUUAAUUGAUUUACCUAUCAUUUGGUUGGCGUAUAGAUUUUGCUGUUGUAUUUUUUUUACGUUGAUUCCGUUGUUGUAAAGUGUUUCCCAAGUUAGAAAAUAAGUUUAUACUUAGGGCCGGUUUGAUAGCAGUUUUAGUUUUCAGUUUUUAAAACAGUUUUCAGAAACAAUUCUUAAAAACAGUUUUCAGAUGAAGAAAGCAGUUUUAAUGACAUGUUUUCGAACAUUUAGAAAACUGAUAUCUGAAAACUAAAAACUGAAAUUGAAAACAUCUUUUACCUGUUUUGGUUUUUUAGUUUUAAAAACUGAAAAUGAGAACUGUUUUUGAAAACAGGUCUUACCAAACAAGUUUUCAGUUUUUAAAAACUGAAAACUGUUUUGGAAACAGUUAUCAAACAGGCCCUUAAUAGUUGGAUGUAAUUAGGAUAGAAAAUACUGGGAUCUCUUCUAUUGUGCACCUUAAAUGUAAAAUACAAUGUAGGUUUAAGUGCUUUUUGUCCCUAGAAAGCUAGUAUAGUGUAUGAGUGAUUUUGGACC